GUCAUUCAAACUGCUGACGAACCGUGCGAGAUUCUGGAUGGCGUAGCCUUUACUGGUCAGGCUAUUAAUAAGUUUCUCCCGACAGAGUUGCGCCAGCCUCGAAUACUCAUAAUUGCCUCUUCUAUCUCAUAUGAACGAAACCUCUUCCGCAUGACUUCACUGGAGGCUCACAGUAUGCAGGAGGAGGAAUACUUGGUAAACUGUGUGGGCAAGAUCCUAGCAUUCCGUCCGACGCUUCUUUUUGUUGAGGGCUCUAUUUCAAACACAGCUCUGGACAUGUUUAUCAAGACAGGCAUAUGCCUAUUUUGCAACAUCAAACGGCCGCCGACAAUACCGAACGACACGGCUUUGCAUGGGGACUCGCGGGUUCGCUGGUUCCGUUUUCGCCCUCUCGACGUCGAUGUCCCUGCCGAGCAAACGGACGCCAGUUUGCGUUUGCCUGCCUACAGCGUAAUCCUCAGGGGCAAGGACUUGGCGUCACUUAAAAUAGUCAAACGCUGUCUAAAGUUCGCUCUUCUGGCGUUUUAUAAUGGCCAACUCGAACUGGCCUUUAUGCGCGAUGCUGGCAUUCUGCCCUCUUCUAAAGCCUCAUCGUUGCGAUCUCAGCACACGGCUCAGCCGCCCAAAGAUCUUGAAGACUGUCCUUCAAGUAUGGCCUUUCACAUGGCAAAUCGCGUCUUCACCUUCUCCGCCUUCACCCGCACAAACCUGCCCUUUCUGGCUGGAUCCUCAGGUCGGAGUGCCCCUCUCUGGGACUUCUAUUCCUACCUUGUUGAAUGGCCAGCG